AUGUCUGGCCACCUAAAAGUUCUGUUACUGGUUCUACUCCUGUACAAUGGAUCAACUAUACGAAUCGGAUUGAUAACCAGCCACCACUUGGAACAUUCUGUGCGGACAGCUGUGAAUAUCAUAGUGCCAAGAAUAAAUGAGCAAAUCGUGAAGACUCGUGGCGUUUGUUUCAUUUCCCACACGUCAUUCAUUGUACUACGGAACUCGCAUGACGAUUUGAAUGAGAGAAUUUGCGGUUUGGCCAAAUCGGAAGUGACAGUGAUUAUUGGAGUGGUGGACCGAGAAACAGGCUCAAUAAUUGAAGAGCAAUGCGCGGAGCUCAACAUUCUAUUCAUCCACUACUAUUGGACCCCGGGAUAUCAAAAAAAACAACAAACAUCUCUCAAUCUCUAUCCAUCAAUGGAAUAUUCUCAAUUAAUGGAGAGGCUUAUCAAUCUGUGGCGUUGGGAUAAUUUUGUGUACAUCUACUCAAACUACGAUGCUCCGAAGCAGUUGAUCGAAACUCUAUCGCGAUUAGAGAAAAGUCCCGCUUUGCUCCGAGCGCAUACUUUGGACGAUAGUAUGAUGGCAACAGCACUGGCGUUGAGAGACACAUGUGAUCGGAAUCGGUGCUGGCCGAAGAAGAAUCGAGUGCUCAUUGAGCUCAGCCCAAACGAGACGUUAACGUUCUUCGAUGCUUCAUUGAAACUUGGAAUGAUAAGCGUACACAAUUGGUUCCUUAUCACCGCGCUAGACGAUCUGAAGGACCAUCUCUCCCAGUAUACACACAAUGGAAUGCGUGUUUCCCUACUCACUGUAUCUAAAGAGAAAUGGAAUCAGAAUGAUUUGGCUAUCAAACUGCCGGAUAUGUAUCAAGACUACCUGGCACACAUACCAAAUAGUCCUCGGACUCCAUUUAAGGAUUUUGCAUUCAUCUUCGAUUCGAUUCUACUGGCAUGUCACUCUGGAGAGAGAAAAAUCAAAACUUGCGGUGACGACGAGCCAGUACGAAAAUACAAACUUCCCAUUGUCAAGCCGUUCAAAGGGCUUACUGGCACGAUAUCAUUCAACGGGACAAGUGAACGAAGCGAUAGUGAGCUACACAUCUGGGAAAUGGGCAUCACUGGAGCUGGAUUACAUACAGGAACGUGGAAAUCGACUUGGGAAGGGUCUAAAGAGCUCACAAUGCUUGCUAAGAACAUUCCUGGAACCCAUGAGCAUUAUCAAGCUUCUGUCAGAGAAUCGCGAACACUCAAAGUGACGUCAAUUCAUGAGAAACCAUAUGUAAUCGAGAAGAUCAUGCCUGAUGGUCGAGUGAAACAUGAAGGAUUCUGCGUGGAUUUGCUGGAUAAGCUUGCUGAGAUGCUUCAUUUCAAUUACACGCUGAAGAUUGUCAAAGACAAUAAGUAUGGAGAGAGGAAGAAUGGAACGGAUGAAUGGGAUGGAAUGAUUGGAGAAAUAUUAAGAGGAGACGCUGAUAUGGCAGUGGCCCCAAUUACGGUCACAGCGACUCGUCUGGAAGUGAUUGAUUUCACUGAUCCAUUCCUCCAACUCGGAAUUUCCAUGUUGAUGCGUCAACCCAAUCCAAAGGCGUCUUCCUCGUUGACCAGAUUUUUGUGGCCUCUAUCGGCAAGUGUAUGGACCUUCUCCGCCAUCGCCACUGUACUAACAGCCUUACUUGUCACCAUCGCAGCCGUUUUAUCGCCAAAAGAGUCGACAACUGAGUUUAAGGUGCAGAAUUCUGUGUGGUACCUGGUUUGUAUUCUGCUACGAGCUGGAUCUGGAUACAAUUGUCAAGCUGGUGCGACGAGAUUGAUAUCUGCGGUAUGGUGGACAUUUACUCUAGUCCUCAUUGCUCAAUAUACUGCCAACUUUGCUGCGCUGCUGACUGUGGACCGAAAAUCUAUGCCAUUCAAUAGUUUCGAGGAGCUGGGAAAUCAAACGGAAUACAAUUUUGGAGCGAUUCUAGGAGGUUCGACAAUGCAAUUUUUCAAGUAUUCAAGGAUUGAAACUUUCCGACGCUUAUGGGAGAGAAUGCAGAGUGCCGAGCCGUCAGCAUUUGUGAAGACGAACCAUGAAGGUGUUAACAGGGUGUUAAAUGAGAAAUAUGUGUUCUUGAUGGAAUCGGCCACUCUAGACUACCAAGUAACCCAGAACUGCAACUUGACUCGCGUAGGAAACGUUGUCCUUGGCUCAAAUGGUUAUAGCAUUGCUCUUCCGAAAGGAUCCAAGUGGAGAGAAAAGUUAACUAGACAAAUUCUGGAUCUCAACGAGAAAGGCAUCAUUCUGAUGUUGAAGAAUAACUGGUGGAAAAAGUCGCAACAAGAAUGCCAAUCGAGUGAACCUGAAGAUCUACAAACCGCUCUGGGAGCUGAAAACGUUUACGGUUUGUUCCUUCUUCUAGCCCUUGGAAGUGGAAUUGGUGUACUUUGUGCUGUCCUUGAACACACUCACUUCAUUUUCUUCGAGAAGAACAAACGCAAUGGACAGACUCCUAAACUGCAGCAGAUGAUCGAAACGAUUCAUGCUGAGAUUCGGAAUUCUCCUAAAUUUUGA